AAAAAAAAAAAUUCUUGCUAACUGAAAAUGGAAUGUCCAGGUUGUAACCUAGCAACAGCAUCAGUGAUUGUUAGAAACUGUUUUCUCACAACUUUUCAAUGCUGAUUGAAUAAGUUAACUUAUAAGUCACAUUUUUUUCUGGAGAAAAGGCUUCUGCUGUUGUUUUUAGCUUCAUGUCAAAAACAGAAAUGCUGAGGCUGCUGGUGAAACAGCGGCUGGACGCGGCAGCUGAAGACAUAACUGCCCUGUUUGUGAAAAUAGCAGAUAUCAAGGAGGACCCAUCUGGUUUAAAGGAACUACUGGAUGAAGUUAUCAACCCUGGUGCUCAAUUACAAAGAUCAGCUAAUCUACAGAUCAAAACAGAAGCUGAUGGAGAAAACUGUGACCAGACCGGAGCAUCUCAGUCAGUGUUGAGCCCUAGUCUGGACCAGGGGAACCCUGACAGCCGAAACAUUAAAGAGGAACCAGAGGAACUCUGGACCCGUCAGGAGGAAGCGCCUCCAGCCAGCAGCUCCACUCAACACGUGGAAACAGAAGCUGACGGAGAGGACUGUGCAGGAUCAGAUGGAGCCAGGACAGCGAACCCAUAUAUUAAUCUAUCAGCAGCAGCAGCUAGCACAAGGGAGAAACCAUUUGGAUGCAGUGUUUGUGAGAAAAUAUUUACCCGCAAAAGCAACCUGCAGGUGCACAUGAGAGUCCAUACUGGGGAGAAACCGUUUGCUUGCAGCGUUUGUGAGAAAAGAUUUAGCCAAAAGGCGAGUCUGCAGGAGCACAUGAUAGUCCAUACUGGGGAGGGACUACAUGGUUGCAGCGUUUGUGAGAAAAAAUUUAGCCACAAGCAUCAUCUGAAGGUGCACAUGAGAGUCCAUACUGGGGAGAAACCGUUUGCUUGCAGCGUUUGUGAGAAAAGAUUUAGCCAAAAGGCGAGUCUGCAGGAGCACAUGAUAGUCCAUACUGGGGAGGGACCACAUGGUUGCAGCGUUUGUGAGAAAAGAUUUAGCCACAAGCAUCAUCUGCAGGUGCACAUGAGAGUCCAUACUGGGGAGAAACCGUUUGGUUGCAGGGUUUGUGAGAAAAGAUUUAGCUACAAGCCGAGUCUGCAGGCGCACAUGGUAGUCCAUACUGGGGAGAAGCCAUUUGGUUGCAGCGUUUGUGAGAAAAGAUUUACCUACAAGAGAAACCUACAGGUGCACAUGAGAGUCCAUACUGGGGAGAAACCAUUUGGUUGCAGCGUUUGUGAGAAAAGAUUUAGCCACAAGCCGAGUCUGCAGGUGCACAUGGUAGUCCAUACUGGGGAGAAGCCAUUUAGUUGCAUUUAGUCACAGGUGCAGUAUACAAGGAACAAACCACUUGGCAAAAGGGUUUCACACCUAUAGCUUACAGAAGUUGUAAACUUAAAGUAUUUGUGACAAAAAAACUCGACAAGGCAAACUUUUCUUUAAAUGUGGACUUUUUUUGAAAGGUAUAAUAUGUAACUCUUCUGCAAUAAAAUGUCUAA